GAAUUGAAAUAUAAAAGGUUCUUCUUCUUCCUUUUUGACGCAACUUGCGCAGUUAAAGAAGGCGGUUCCAGUUUCCCCUCUCGAAGCAAGCCGAAGAAGUCGAAGCUAUCUCUCUUGUAUCUAGCACCUCUAAUCCAAAACAGAUUGGAACGACUAACUUUCACUCGGUGAAAUUUGAGUGUUCUGCUUCUGAUUCUAUUUGAGUGAAAUUGGCAUUUGGUAAAAUGGCUCUAGGGUUUGGGAGUUAUACUCGAUCACUUAGCAGGAAGAGGAUUGUGGUUUCAACCGAUGUAGAAGCUUCUCCACUCGAUUCGAGUUCAGUGACCCCAUUGAAGAGAAUGCGUAGCGGGACAUUCAUUCUCAACUCUGAAAGGUCUCGUUUCGAAGCCCUGCCUCAGGACAUUCUGAUAAGGGUUUUGUGCGGGGUAGAUCAUGAGGAUUUGAAGCAGCUUUUCCAAGUAUCUAAGACAAUAAAAGAAGCAGCUCUUAUUGCAAAGCAAUGGCAUUUUGAAUAUAGCACUCCGAAGAAGAAAACAUUCGUUCUUCGAACUUCGAUUGCGGUGGAUGAUGAAAAUGAGAUCCCUGAAAUUGAAGCUCCAAAUGCUCCAAUGAGGAAAUCUAAGUCAAGGCUAAGUGGGAGGAAGUUGUCUGACAUCUCAGUUGCCUUAUUUGCUUAGAGCACUGAGGUAUCAGGUCAGGGAGUUCAGAUUUUGUGUAUGUAAAUAGGUAGGUUGAAUAUGUUGGUUGUAGAUUAAAUAGUCAUAUAUUAGAGAGGAUAAGAUCUCCUGGAUCAGAUCUUAGCUGAUUUUACACUUAAAAGAAAUCUUUCACAAGCCAGCCAUAUCUUCAAACCCUUCAUUUGAAGAUUGAGUUACUUUGGCUUGUCUUAAUGUUUCAGUGUACAGGCAGAGAGAAAGAAAGAUUGUGGGGAUUUUGUUGGAGGGCAAUCCAAUACGAAGGCCCUUCUUGUCUGAUAAAUUGGGGAGUGUACGGUUGAUUCUGCAUGCUCUUUGUACCUAAUAAACAAUUCUAGUUUCCGACUUU